AUGUCGUCCACCCAUCCAUUCACGUCUACAGCUUUUAUCAGGGAUGAUGUGUUCAUCGCGGCCGCCAACGAGAUGAAGGGGAAAUUCGUUGGAUUCAUGAAGCCAGGCGACUUUCUCGACCGCUUUCUACCAAUAUCGGUGAAUGCACCUGCUAUGCCACCAGUCAAUCACGACAAGUUCGUUCCCAUCGCGCAGCUGAAGAACGAGCAAGAUAUGUACGCACCUCUGAUAGAGGCUCUCAUACCGUUCUGUAAAGACAUCACCUUGGUGGACACGUCUCGCGUGGAAGAUUCCGAGACUGGAGCCUUGCUUCACCGGAGCGUCAAGCCCGACAUUUCCUGUUACAAAUCUGAUGAAGUCCCUUCGCCUUGCAUCACCCGCGCCCGUAAUAUGCUGAGCUACAUUGAACUGAAGAAUCGCGAGCCCGACGAACCGUUUGGCGUGGAUAUCGACGAUCCCAUCGAGCUGGACUCGAAGGACGCACGCGACACACGAGGACAACUGGCGACUUACGCCAACGCCAUUCAGGCAACCCAAUUCCGAACCCACGUCCUCUCAGUUGUUAUUAAUAGGUAUCGCUGCCGUUUCAUCCACUGGAGUCGAAGCUGCGCCAUCGUCACGGAAGGCUUUGACUACACCUCGGAAGAUUGGCUUGCGAAGUUCUUUUGGCGCCUCUCUCAUGCCGGCGACGUUGCUCGUGGCCUCGACACGAGUGUGACUGCUCUGCGUACAGUUUCUGUGGAGAUUCAACGUGCCCGCCAUGCUCUGAAGCUCUCAGAUGACGCUCCGAUCUUCAAGGUGUCGGUUAUCGACGAUCAGACCAAGGACACCAGCUAUUACAUUGUCAGUGAACCCUUUACGAAGAACCACGUUCACCCCCUCGGCCGUUGUACACGGUGUUUCAAAGCUUUUGACUGCCGCACCGAAGCUAUCGUUCUCCUCAAAGAUACAUGGCGGAUCGAGGGGUACGAGAAGGAGGGUGAUGUCUACCGAGAGCUGUAUAAGCAUGGUGUAUCGUAUAUCCCAGGCCUCGCGACAGCAGGGGAUGUGGGCGGUAGGACGAAUACCUGCGGCGAGACAAACGAUAUCUCGCCAUCGUCGAAGCAUCACGUCCACGUCCAUUACCGUCUUGUACUGGAUACGGUCGGCAUCAGCCUUACCCACUUCGACUCGACCCACGAGAUGGUGACAGCGGUGCAUUGUGCACUUAUUGCCCACUUCGAGGCGGUUACGAAGGCGGGAAUACUUCAUCGCGAUAUUUCUGUUGGGAAUAUCAUCAUCACCGAGUCCGGAGGUUUGCUCAUUGACUGGGAGUUUUCCAAGAAGAUAACCUUGAUUGGGCCACGAGCUCUCGAGAGAACGGGAACCUGGCAGUUCAUGUCAAUCCGCUUGCAUAAAGGCCUUGAUCAGCAUAUUCACAACGUCGGUGACGACCUUGAAUCCUUCCUCUGGGUUCUUGUCUGGGUUGCACUUCGGUAUGCCCAAAAUGAGAUGAGCGUCGCGGAACGAGAGAUGUUUCUGGACGCCUUCAACUACUCUUUUCACGGAGAGGGUGGAUUGGCGAAGAGGGGCUACAUCCUGACGGACUACGCAGCAAUCGAGGACAUGAAGCUGGACAAUGGUUUCCUUUCCAACAUGCUUUGCAAUUUUUGGUCCAAAUUUGGUGGUCGGUAUGGUACCACUACCUUCCGCACAAAGAAGGAGGACCAUGUUGCCACAGACAAGUGGUUGGAGGAACUGGAAUCGCACGAGUGGAUGCUCAGUGAGCUGGAAAAGGCGCUGAAGAAUGAGGAGUGGCACAACUGGGGCUGUGACGGCUGGGUCAAACAAGAGUGUUGUACCUCAACUCCUGAAACUAGCUGGAGACGCAAGGGAUCAGACUCGUAUCCUUCCUGCAAUAUCCACACCACCGUUGAUUUGGGGUAA